CUUUUCCUCAAAGGUUAGAUAUUAAAAGCCACAAAAUCAAAAUCUGAACACUUCCAUAACAUCAGCAAUACCAGAAAUAACCAAAACACUCACACAUAACAUAAGCUUCACUUCAGAAAGAAGAUAGCUAGUCACUUCAUCAAUUAUGUGCGCAGUUACUUGUUCAAUCCUUGCUUCCUGGCCUUCUUUUUCUUCCUCUUCAUUCCCAUCUUCUUCUUCUUCUUCUUCUUCUUCUUCCAAAACCACCUUCACCAUAACCACAAACCCGAGCUCUAUUGCCUCAACAACCGUAGCAGCUACAGUCAAAGAUGUCUGGACCCGAACAACACCAUCGCCAUAUCACCGCCGUACCAGAACCCAACAGCAAAUGUUCCUAGACCACAGCAUCGACAUGGAUGAACUACUAGCCUCAAUCAGCUCCACCCAGAACGAGCAAGAGCUUCACGCUGUGAUGUCGCUCUACAACCAGAGACAGCUUUCCAUUCGCUUCAUGGUUUCCCUCCUCUCCCGCGAAACCGAUUGGCAGCGCGCAUUGGCUUUGCUCGAUUGGAUCAAUGAAAAGGCUCUUUACUCGCCCUCGGUGUUCGCCUACAAUGUUGUUCUUCGCAAUGUGCUGCGAGCGAAGCAGUGGCACCUUGCACACGGACUGUUUGAUGAAAUGCGCCAGAGAGGACUUGCCCCUGAUAGGUACACUUACUCCACGCUCAUUACCCAUUUUGGGAAACAUGGCUUGCUUGAUUCCUCUUUGUUCUGGCUGCAGCAGAUGGAGCAAGACAAUGUGUCUGGUGACCUUGUUUUGUAUAGUAAUUUGAUUGAGCUUUCGCGCAAGCUGGGUGAUUAUUCCAAGGCGAUUUCCAUUUUUGCCAGGUUGAAAGCGUCGUCUAUUGCCCCUGACCUCAUUGCUUAUAACUCUAUGAUUAAUGUGUUUGGAAAGGCUAAGCUCUUCCGUGAGGCUCGUCUUCUUCUACAAGAGAUGAGGGACAACGGUGUUUGCCCUGACACAGUUAGCUACUCUACGCUUCUUGCCAUUUAUGUAGACAAUGAGAGGUUUGUUGAGGCGCUUUCUGUUUUCUCUGAAAUGAAUGAUGCCAAAUGCCCGCUUGAUCUCACCACUUGCAAUAUUAUGAUUGAUGUUUAUGGUCAGCUUCACAUGGUCGAGGAAGGCGACCGCCUGUUCUGGAGCAUGAGGAAGAUGGGGAUUGAACCCAAUGUUGUUAGUUAUAAUACGCUCUUGAGGGUUUAUGGAGAGUCUGAGCUGUUCGGGGAAGCUAUCCAUCUGUUUCGUUUGAUGCAGAAGAAGGGUGUGCAACAGAAUGUUGUCACCUACAAUACUAUGAUUAAUAUUUACGGCAAGUCUCUUGAGCAUGAGAAGGCUACAAAUCUCAUUCAAGAAAUGCAGAAUAAUGGUAUUCAACCAAAUGCUAUCACCUAUUCAACUAUAAUAUCUAUCUGGGAGAAGGCAGGGAAACUGGACAGGGCAGCCAUGUUGUUUCAGAAAUUGAGGAGUUCAGGUGUUCAAAUUGAUCAGGUUCUGUACCAGACAAUGAUUGUAGCCUAUGAGAGGGCAGGUUUGGUUGCUCAUGCUAAGCGCCUUCUUCAUGAGCUCAAGCGACCUGACAACAUUCCCAGGGAAACUGCAAUCAUGGUGCUUGCUCGAGCCAGGAGAGUUGUAGAGGCUACAUGGGUUUUUCGGCAGGCUUUUGCUGCUGGAGAGGUAAACGAUAUAUCUGUGUUUGGGUGCAUGAUUAAUCUUUACUCGAGGAACAAAAAGUACACAAAUGUAGUUGAGGUGUUUGAGAAGAUGAGAGAAGUUGGAUACUUUCCUGAUUCCAAUGUUAUUGCCCUCGUGCUGAAUGCUUUUGGGAAGCUACGUGAGUUUGAGAAAGCAGAUGCUUUAUACAGUCAAAUGCAUGACGAAGGAUGUGUUUUUCCAGAUGAGGUUCAUUUCCAGAUGCUUAGUCUAUAUGGUGCAAGAAAGGAUUUCACAAUGGUGGAGUCAUUGUUUGAGAAGCUGGAUUCCAAUCCCAAUAUCAACAAGAAGGAGUUGCAUCUUGUUGUUUCCGGCAUUUAUGAAAGAGCAGAUAGACUUAAUGAUGCUUCUCGAAUCAUGAACAGGAUGAAUCACAAAGCAAUCGGAAAUCAUGAUCAUGCUUAGAAGCAUGCAUGUGACCUUUUGUGUAUAACUUGUGUGCUGUUUAUGAGUAUUGUUUUUCCCCUGUUCACCCAUAAAUGCUGUAUUCUGAAAACCUACCUCAAACCUACCUCAUUCCCAUUUAGUAUCCUCUGUAUAUAUGAUGUCAAGCAACAACACAGGUUCUGAAUAGCAACACCCUUGUGAAUAAUCUUACAGUGUUAUACAUCCAGGCUUAUGAGGGCUUUCUCUUUUUCCUGUGUCCUUCUGGGAAAAAAAUUAUUAAAAAUCGAGUCCCUAUUUUCUCUUUAGAGAAAGUUGAGCCGCUUCUGUUAAUAUGCUUCCUUAGUAUCUGCUGAGAAUUUCAACCGCAGAUGUAUUUGAAAACAGUCAAUAUCUGUUUCUCUUUGAAAAUCAACACUGUAUUGAGGAAGACUCUAAGAUGUUAUUAGUGUAACCCAGUUUAAAGCUUUGAUGUAUGUACGCUGUUGUCACUUGUCAGUGCUUUUGUGAGUCAGAACACUUGCCAUAUUUGAUUAAUUGUGAAUCUAGAGCCUUUUGCUAUACAUUACUAUAGGCUUUGUCUAGGGUGAACCAUCAGAUGAUACGGUUCAUCAAUUUUCCAUAAUUAAUUACAAUGAGAUUUAUUAAUUAAAAA